CAAUAACAUUUAAUGAUUGAAGGGAAAUUUGAUGAAGCUCAGUAAAUCUAAUAACAAUUGCAUGAAUAAACUUAAAGAAAAAUCUAAGUUUUAAGAGAUUUUAUUUAAGAAAGAGUAUAAUAAUAUAUUAAUUUAGAUUGAAUUAAGAAAAAAGGCAAAUCAACAAUAAAGAUUGGAAGAAAUAAAAAACAUUCAUUUUAUUAAAACCUUUUAUGAUAUAUCAAAUGAAUAUCGACUUAAACAUCAACAAUAAUAAGAAUAAUUAGAAGAAGAUUCUCAUUACUUUAAGAAAAGUGUACCAGGUUCUAAGAAACUUAAAUAGAUCUAUGUAAAUUAUGAUAACGUACAACCAUAUGUAAAACAUUAAGGAAAACAUUUUGAUAAAUAUAGUUAUCCAUCCAUCGCCAUUUUAAAAGAUACUAUGAAUUAAUAAAGUAAAGAAUAUUUACAAGAAGUUUAAUAAUAAAAAUAAAAGAGAUUUGAAGAUGCAUUGAAAUAAGUUAGAAAAUUAUUAGAAUCUCAAAAUAUUAGAUUUAGUAGUAAUAGAAAUAAUAAUAAUAAAUCUUAACCUCUCGAUUGGCAAAUUGAUGUUACUAUUGCAUCACCUAAAAGAAAUCCUACUGAAAAGAUUAAUAUCUCUUAGACUGGAAUUGAUUACAAAAAUCUUAAAGAUUAUGUUAUUGCAAAGAAACCAUUUUUUUUAUUUACAAAAAGAGCUAAAUAAGAUAAAAAUCCAAAAAAUGCACAUGGACUUAUUACUAUGUUUGAUCUUAAAUUAUAUGAUUAUAUCCAUAACAAAAAGAUUUAUACAUCUAAUCCUUAACUUAAAUAGAUUUCCGAUAAAUUUCAUACAAUGAUUGAAAGUAAAAAAGAAUAGGAAAUUAAUGCAUAAUUAGAAAUAUAAAUUGAAUAAAGAAAAUAUUAACUUAAUAAAAUGAAAAGAGAAUCAGCACCAGAAUAAUGUUUAAAUGAUGUAUCUUAAUAUUCAGAUGAUUAAUCUCUAUAAUCUAUUUAUGAAGUUAAUCUAGAUAUGUUAUAUAACUAAUCACAUUAAUUACAUAAAAAAUUAGGUGAAUCAAUUGAGGGAGGUUUUGCUAAGAGAAUAAAAUAGAUCAUUAAAUUAGAAGAAGUUAAUCAAUAAUGUUUAAAAACAAAUCUAGACAAAUUAACAAAAUAAAAGAUUUCCUUAUGA